AUUAAUCAUUCAUUUUGUUGACAAACGGUGAAGCCAUAAGGCGCAAUUACGCUUUCGUAGGCAAAGUAUACUAAUUAGAUAAAUAUUGUUUUUAAAGUAUAAUUGUACAAUGAAGUUCCUGACGCUCGUUAUUGCUACGGUCGUACUGGCAGAUUUUUCUUGUGGGUUGACGUUCAAUGUCGAGGUCAAAGUCGACCAGCCACCAAAGCCAACACCCAGACAACAGGAUGAUAAAGGAACGUUGUUUGUAACCCUGAUUGGUCAAGAACAUCAAACGCAAAAGACGCCUCUUAGCACAAAAUCUGAGGUUUUAUCACCAGGCCGCGUAUACACGUACAAACUAACGGAUGUUCCCGAUGACUUAGGUCAAUUGAUUGGCGUCUACCUGUACUGGGACUACGAUGCAGACUGGUAUAAUCCAUUGAAGUGGGAUAUCUGGAUUAACCCUGUCAUAUACGUCCAUCAGAUGAUGUUUACUGCCGUGGAAACAAACGAUAAAUACCUAUUGUGCGGCAGUAAAGUACCAAUCGUGGCGGGAAAAGACAACAGAGCAUUUUUCGUUAAUUCGGCAUGCGUUUGAACAUUGUGUGGUAACUGAAUCCGGUUUUCGACAAGGCGAAUUUAUUCGCGCGAAUCGAAAGCGUCGGUUCAUGCACAUGCGCAUUCACAUUCCUAUGGGAGUUUUUGCGAAGCGAAAAAAUGCGUAACCAAUCAGAGCUCAGGAAGCGAACCGACGCUUUGAUUCGCGCGAAUAAAUUCGCCUAGUGGAAUACCGGUUUCAGUAGACUUCUUGAUAUAAAGAAGAUAAUCUUAAAACAUGUUUUACACAAAAAAAAUAUGUUUUUGUUAUGUUGUUUCUUGUCAAUUAAUUAGUAAAUCAAUCAAUUGAACAUCAGAGUCAUGGCUCGGAAUUAGGCUUUUUAAUAAUAAAGAAUAGAUAGUAAUAGUAAACGAUAUCGUUUUCACUGGUACUAAAAAUUGAAUAAAUGAUCAUAAUAAUAAUUAGCAUUAAAUGAUAAGUUUGCAAAAACAA